ACUCAAGAUUUCAGCAGUUAAUCGAUCAGGUUGACUUUCUGCUGGAUGCGUCUCACCUGCAAGGCAGUGCUUCUUCUUAGAUUUUGGAUUAUUUUGGAGAUAAAACAUCAUUAAAAGGAUGCCGUUCCGUGUGACAUACAGAUUGGCAAUGAUGCUGAUAAUAUCAACAGCUUACAUUCCAAAGUUGGAAGCAUCUUCAGCAACAUAUGUUACUGAUAUUACUACAAUAUAUGUUACUAAUAUUACUACGACGAGUCCGAUAUCUUCUGUUGAAACUAGUACACCAGGAGUUGCUACAACCUCAGAUGUAAGCUCACCGGGAAGUUCAACAAUUUAUGAUACAACCAGUCAAUCGCAGGGGUUAUCAUCAACUUCUGACGGAACUAGUUCUACGGGAAUUUCUACAACUAUUGAUGAUACUAGCUCCACAAGCGUCUAUGUAACUUCUGAUGUAACCAUCCAAUCUGGCGUUUCUGCAACUUCAGAUGGAAUCACAUCAACGGAGAACUCUGCAACUCCUGACCAGCAUACACAUACAACCGUAAAAGAAACCAGUGAUCCAUCAAACUCUACAGUUGACACUCCAACUCAGGAUCAUUCUGGCUCUACAACCGAUGCCCCAACCCAGGAUCCUUCUGGCUCUACAACCGAUGCUUCAACCAAGGAUCCUUCUGGCUCUACAACCGAUGCUUCAACCCAGGAUCCUUCUGGCUCUACAACCGAUGCCCCAACCCAGGAUCCUUCUGGCUCUACAACCGAUGCCCCAACCCAGGAUCCUUCUGGCUCUACAACCGAUGCUUCAACCCAGGAUCCUUCUGGCUCUACAACCGAUGCUUCAACCCAGGAUCCUUCUGGCUCUACAACCGAUGCUUCAACCAAGGAUCCUUCUGGCUCUACAACCGAUGCUUCAACCCAGGAUCCUUCUGGCUCUACAACCGAUGCUUCAACCAAGGAUCCUUCUGGCUCUACAACCGAUGCUUCAACCCAGGAUCCUUCUGGCUCUACAACCGAUGCCCCUUCUGGCUCUACAACCGAUGCUUCAACCCAGGAUCCUUCUGGCUCUACAACCGAUGCUUCAACCCAGGAUCCUUCUGGCUCUACAACCGAUGCUUCAACCCAGGAUCCUUCUGGCUCUACAACCGAUGCUUCAACCAAGGAUCCUUCUGGCUCUACGACCGAUGCUUCAACCAAGGAUCCUUCUGGCUCUACAACCGAUGCUUCAACCAAGGAUCCUUCUGGCUCUUCAACUGAUGCUUCAACCAAGGAUCCUUCUGGCUCUACAACCGAUGCCCCAACCCAGGAUCCUUCUGGCUCUACAACCGAUGCCCCAACCCAGGGUCAUUCUGGCUCUACAACCGAUGCCCCAACCCAGGGUCAUUCUGGCUCUACAACCGAUGCCCCAACCCAGGGUCAUUCUGGCUCUACAACCGAUGCCCCAACCCAGGAUCCUUCUGGCUCUUCAACCGAUGCCCCAACCCAGGAUCAUUCUGGCUCUACAACCGAUGCUCCAACCAAGGAUCUUUCUGGCUCUACAACCGAUGCCCCAACCCAGGAUCCUUCUGGCUCUACAACCGACACCCUAACCAGUAAUUCAAAUGCAUCAACAGCAUUAUCGGGAACUCCCGAGCCAAGCGCUAACAAUACAGAAAGAAAGACAACCAGAGAACCCAAAGAGACGACAUCUAAAGAUGGAGAUCUUACAAGUCCCCCUGAGGAACCCCUAUCGUCUGGUGCAAUAGCAGGAAUUGUAAUUGUGUCUUUGGCGGGUACUGCCGCCAUAGUAGGUGGCAUUAGAUACGCAGUGAUACAUUGCAAAUCUUCCUCUAAGGUGACUCCUGACAUGCCUGAGAACGAUGCGGACAAGGACAUUGAGAUAGAAAGCAUGUCUAACGAUACAGCCAAACUCACUUCCCCAGAUAAUGAUUAACUAUUGCAAGAACUAGUUUUGCAUUUGUACAUUGUGUGUAGCAUGUCAGCCCCUGAUCAGGGGAAAUUCCCUGAUCUUACCAGUCUUAUCAUAAUCAUAAACGUAAACAUGUUCAUAAGGGCAAGAAACUUCCAAUAUGAUCUUUGUUUCACGAUUGAUACUUUGAUAGGUGGAUCAGUGCCCCAUCCUGAAAAAAAGAAGAAAUGUAAGGUGCAGAAUCACCAUAAGCUGGGCAAUGAAAACGUUUUACACUGCAAUGAAUGGUUUAACACUGUGUGAAAGGGAAUAUUGUCAGUGGUAUUGGAUUAAAAAAAAAAUAACUUGAUGACAAUAGUACAAUAAUGUAAAAGCAUUAAGAGAACAAGAUCAUGCAGUUGUUGAAACGUAUGAAACAUCAAAUCAGGCAUGGCAUUUUACAUCCAUCCGUGUGUACUUCCCAUUAUUAAACUUUGAAUGGACUAUUGCACUGCUUGUCAGUUCAAAACUGGUGAAGCGAGACCUUUGAAAUUUUUAAGCAACUGAAAAAUAAAUUUAGCUUUUUAUUUAUUCACAUGAAACUUCGGUUUUAAAUUAUUACGCGUACAUUGUAUUUGGGACAAGCUGUGGGCCUAUUAAUAAAUAUGUGUAUUGAGACACAGUUGAUGAUUAAAGAUUUUGUGACGUCACGGACAAUCAGCUCGUCCACAUGUCUUGUGAUAUGAAUUCCAAAAAUAUCAUUUGAAAUUGAAGGCGAUUUUAUUUGUGAGGUAGAUAAAUUAUCGGACACAUCAAUAAUGGGGGAGCUUCUCGUAUAAUUUAUGAUGUCACAAAUCAAAAUCUUUGAAAUGUAAUAACUAUCUUAUUCUUUGAUGGCUUUUCAUCAAAUCGUCACGUACAUAUUUCUCUAUUUGUUCUACCUGUAUUAAAACAACAUACAUGUAUAUUGAAGGUGAUUCCCCCUUUAUCUUAGAUUUGGGUCUGUAUUCAGAAUUCAUGAAGAACUUACGAAGGAGCCUUCAGAUGUCCUACAUAAAUUCAGAAUUUCAUACCUUUUCAAACUCUUUAUCCAAGUCUUUGGAACAAACUUAUUGCUAUCGAAUCUUUUGAGCAAAUUCAUUUCUAUUCUUCAAGCAGUCUUAAAUUAAAAUAUACUUUUGUAAUGUUUGUUUACAAUCUACCAUUACACCAGAGUUUCCAUAGUGUAAACCAUUGAAGUUGAUCAUGUUUUGGGUAGUUAGGCUAGCGCUAUAAAUGACGAGUGAAAAGGCUCGUGAGGAACAGUAUGGUCGCCAGUUCGGGAGCUACGUUCUUGUAAAUUAUUAAAAGAAUGAACCUGUUUUCACUCAUAAGAAAUAGGAGAGGGGUCACUGGUCAGUUUUGCUCUCAGGUUUCAUAAGAUGAUCACGGAUAUGAACGCUC